CAAUCCAUUUCAGCCCAGUCUUCUGAAGGAGAAAGAAGCCAUGGCUUCCUAGGCUAAAGCUGACCAUCUGAAAAGCUGAUUUUGUUUGAACUUCUGCAAAGAAAAAGAUGAUCUCCUUCACAGUCCUGCUAAUAGAGUUAGCACUGCCCAUUGUAAUAACAGGAUCAUCAGAUUUGUUGCUGGCAGAGGGACAAACAGAGGAGCCAUCUCUUCCCCGCUGCAGUCUUUUUGGAGAUGAUCACAUCAAAACAUUUGAUGAGUCUUUCUAUGACUUUGCUGGGGACUGCAGUUACCUCCUGGCUGGGGACUGUCACAAGCGUUCCUUCACGCUAAUAGGUGACUACCAGAAUGGAAGAAGAAACAGCUUCUCUGUGUAUCUGGGAGAAUAUUUUGACAUUCACUUGGCUUUAGAUGGAACUGUGACCCAGGGGGACAAAAGGGUUUCCGUACCCUUUGCCUCCCAGGGGAUAUUUGUAGAGACCCAGGCAGGUUAUUAUAAGAUAUCCAGUGAGGACCAUGGCUUUAUGGUGAAGAUUGACAGCAGUGGGAAUAUUCAAAUACUGUUUGCAGACAAGCACUAUAAUAAAACGUGUGGCCUUUGUGGCAACUUCAAUAAGUUUGCCGAAGAUGACUUCACAACACAGGAAGGGACCCUGGUCAAAAACAGCUAUGAUUUUGCUAAUUCCUGGGCAUUGCACAGUGAAGAUAAGCGAUGUAAAAGAGUCCCUGCUCCAAGCAACACCUGCAAUAUUUCAUCCGAAUUUGCUGAUAAGGAUGUCAUGGAAAGGUGCCAGCUGCUAAGGACGUCUUCCGUAUUCUCCAGGUGCCACCAUCGAGUUGAUCCAGAGCCAUUCAUUGGUCUCUGUGAAGAAGACAUGUGCACUUGUGCUCAGGACAUGCACUGCCACUGCCCAACUUUCCUAGAGUAUGCCAGGAGCUGCGCUCAGCAAGGAGUGAUUGUGGAUGGCUGGCCCAAAGACAGCUUGUGUAGGCCGAGAUGUCCAGUUGGCAUGGAGUAUAUGGAGUGUGUGUCUCCUUGUGUCAAAACCUGCCAGAGUCUGAAUAUCAAUGAAGUGUGUCAAGGACAAUGUGCUGAUGGCUGCAGCUGCCCUGUGGGGAAGCUACUUGAUGGUGAUAGCUGCGUUGACCACUCCGAGUGUUCCUGCGUACAUUCUGGCAUGCGCUAUCCUCCUGGCUCCUCCAUCUCCCAGGACUGCAACUCAUGCAUUUGUCGACGUGGCAUCUGGAUCUGCAGCAACGAGGAGUGCCCAGGAGAAUGUUUGGUCACGGGCCAAUCUCAUUUCAAAAGUUUUGACAACAAGUAUUUCACCUUCAGUGGGAUCUGCCAAUACUUAUUUGCCAAAGACUGUGAGGAGAACUCUUUUUCCAUCAUCAUAGAGACAGUCCAGUGUGCAGAUGAUCCCGAUGCAGUGUGCACCCGCUCAGCCUCUGUCCGACUCCAGGACAUGGAAAACAGCACCAUCAAAAUGAAGCACGGGGGCGGCAUCUCGUUGAAUGGCCAGGACAUACAGAUUCCUUUGACACAAGGUGCCAUCCAUAUCCAGCGCAUUAUGUUGUCUUCAGUUCGCCUCACCUAUGGGGAAGAUUUACAGAUUGACUGGGAUGGUCGUGGUAAACUGCUGGUGAAGCUCUCCCCAGUCUACACUGACAAAAUCUGUGGUCUGUGUGGAAACUACAAUGGCAACGAAGGGGACGACUUUCUGACACCUUCUGGCCUUGUGGAAGCCCUUGUGGAAGAUUUUGGAAACGCCUGGAAGCUCAAUGGAGAUUGCCAAGACUUGUUAAAACAAGACAGUGACCCCUGUAGUCUCAACCCUCGCUUAGCCAAGUAUGCGGAAGAAUCCUGUUCAAUUCUAAUGUCGUCCAUGUUUGAACCUUGCCACCAUGAAGUUAGCCCUUCUCCGUACCUGAAGAACUGCCGCUAUGACGUGUGCUCCUGUUCUGAUGGCAAAGAUUGCCUGUGUGCUGCAGUUUCUACCUAUGCCACUGCCUGCGUUAGGAGAGGCGUUCUGAUCCAGUGGCGGGAGCCAGACUUCUGCUCAAUGACUUGUCCGGAAGGCCAAAUUUAUCAACAGUGUGGAACUCCAUGCAACCAGACCUGCCGGGCUCUAUCCUACCCAGAUGUAGGCUGCAAUGAAUUCUGCAUGGAAGGCUGCUAUUGUCCACAUGGGCAAUAUAUUGAUGAGCAUGGAGAUUGUGUACCAAAGUCCCAGUGCUCUUGCUACUAUGAUGGUGAGAUCUUCCAACCAGAUGAUGUCUUUUCAGAUCACUACACCAUGUGCUAUUGUGAAAAUGGCGUCAUGAGCUGUACUACAAACAGAGUCCCUGGCGCCUUGCUACCAGAUGUUUUCUUUGACAAUCCGCCACCUGCCAGAAUCAAAAGAAGCUUGACGUGUAGGGCACCCAUGGACAAAGUUGUCUGUCCUCCGAACGACCCGAGAGCAGAAGGGACAGAGUGUGCCAAGACCUGCCAGAACUAUGACUUAGAAUGUUUUAGCCAUGGCUGCACAUCUGGAUGCCGCUGUCCCAAAGGCAUGGUACGACAUAAAAACAAAUGCAUUGCCCCUAAGAGGUGUCCAUGUUUCCACAAUGGAAGAGAAUACGCUCAAGGAGAGGCCAUGAAAAAGGACUGUAAUACUUGUGUGUGUCGUGAGCGAAAGUGGGACUGCACUGAUAAUGUAUGUGAUGCCACCUGCUCAGUUAUCGGUACAGCUCACUACGUGACAUUUGAUGGACUGAAAUAUAUGUUCCCAGGUGACUGUCAAUAUGUGUUGGUUCAGGAUUACUGUGCGGAUGAGUCUGGAACCUUUCGGGUUCUCGUUUCAAAUGAGGGAUGUGGCUUCACUGGAGAAAAGUGCACUAAAAGGAUCACCAUUCUGUUUGACAAUGGAGAGAUAGAGCUGUUCAACGGAAAUGUGGAUAUCAAGAAGCCCCUUAGAGAGGAAACCAAUUUUGAAGUCCUGAAGUCUGGGCGCUAUUAUAUUCUCUUACUGGGCAAAGGAAUCUCUGUAACGUGGGAUCUGGCCAUGGGGGUGUCUGUUAUCUUGAAAGAACAUUUCAGCGAUCAAGUGUGUGGUCUGUGUGGGAAUUUUGAUGGAAUCCAAAACAAUGAUUUGACCAGCAGCAAUAAGCAUCUUGAAGUGGAUCCAGUUGACUUUGGGAAUUCCUGGAAAGUCGAUCCACAUUGUGCUGAUGUCAGAAAGAUCCCACAGGGGCAGACUGUGGCUACUUCAUUGUGCAAUGACAACUUAGAGAAGCAAGUGAUGGUGGAAACUUCAUGCAACAUAUUGACCAGUGAACUCUUCAAAGAAUGCAAAAAACUGGUGAAUCCCGAGCCAUAUAUGGAUAUCUGCAUGUAUGAUACUUGUACCUGCGAAUCCAUUGGGGAUUGUGCUUGCUUCUGUGAUGCUAUUGCAGCCUAUGCCCAUAUCUGUGCAGAAAAAGGUGUGGUUGUUCACUGGAGAUCAUCUACUCUGUGUCCACAAAGUUGCGAGGACCUGAAUAAGCGUGAAUUGGAGUAUCAGUGUGAAUGGAGAUACAACAGCUGUGGACCUGCCUGCCCUAUAUCAUGCCAGCACUUUGAACCUGUGGCGUGCCCUCUGCAAUGUGUAGAAGGAUGCCAUGUGCACUGUCCUGAAGGGAAAAUACUUGAUGAACUAUCCCAGUCAUGUGUUAGUCCAGAAGACUGUCCUGUUUGUAUAUUAGAAAGUGCCAGGAUCCCCCAUGGAAAGAAGGUUGUUUUGAACAAAGAUGAUCAUGAACAUUGUCGGUCUUGUUACUGUGAAGGAAAGAACUUAACAUGUAGUGCCUGUGUGUCAGAAAUGAGUACACAAACUCCACUUGCUACAGAGGAACCAGAUCUAGACGUGGGGACACGUGUUUACUCCUGCAGCAAAAUGAUGGACCUGGCCUUCCUGAUGGAUGGUUCCAACAAGCUCUCAGAAAAGGACUUUGAAAUAUUAAAAGCUUUCAUUAUUAGCAUGAUGGAAAACCUCCACAUCUCCCAAAAGAAAAUCCGUGUGUCAGUUCUGGAAUACUGCACUGGGUCCAACAUCUAUCUUGGGCUCAAAGAUAUUAAAACACAAUCUCAGAUGAAGAAAAUUGUCCGAAACAUAAAAUACACUGGUGGAGAAGUUGCCUCUGCCACUGAAGUGCUUAAAUAUGUUGUAUUCCAUGUGUUUGGAAAAGCCCCAAGGACGAAUGCUGCCAGAAUAGCUCUGUUGCUGACAGCCAGCAAAUCUCCAGGAAAAAUUCAGAGCAUCCUCCCUCUUCUGAAACGGAAGAAAGUCACGGUAAUACCAGUAGGAAUUGGACCAUUUAUUAGUAUGGAGCAAAUCAAGCUAAUUGAAAGGGCAUGGCCAGAAAACAAGGCCUUCAUAAUGAACAACGUGCAGGAGUUAAUGGAAAAUGGGGAAGAAAUAAUCAAUUACCUGUGUGAUCUUGUGCCUGAAGAAUUAACAACUACCACCCAAAAACCUAUCACAACCCCACCCAGGACAGCUAAAGUGACAACACCCUAUCAAGACAGGAUGAAGUUCACGGGUUUAACAACACUGCUGCCACUUCAAAGAAAAGUAAUUGAUAUAGCUUUUGUUGUUGAAGGGUCUGAAAAAGUAGGACAGGAGAAUUUUAAUAUUAUCAAGGAGUUCAUUGCAAAAGUUAUCAGAGAAAUGGACAUUGGAGAAGAAGCCAUUCAUAUUACUAUUAUACAGUACUCCUACACGGUCACUGUUGAGUACUCCUUCACUGAAACUCAGUCAAAGCAAGACAUUAUUGAGAAGGUCAGGAAGAUACAGUACCAAGGAGGGAAUGCCACCAACACUGGAAAUGCCCUCAGCUAUGUGUCUGAACACACCUUUACCACAGACAAUGGGGGCAGGAGACAAGUGCCACACUUAGUCUACAUGGUAACUGCAAACCCUGCCACUGAUGUCAUCUCACGUGUUGAGAGUGACAUAAAUGUGAUCCCUAUAGCUAUUACCCCCAACGCAAACCUUCAAGAGCUCGAGAAGAUCAGUGAACGGCACAUCCCAGUAAUCAUAGAGGGUUAUAAUGAACUUAUUCAAGAAGCGCCUGACUUAGUGUUGAAAACCUGCUGCUCAGAGAAAUCCACAGUGGCCCCAGUCAUUAGAGAACUUUGCGGCAGACCAAUGGAUAUCAUGUUUCUUCUGGAUGGAAGUUCUAAUGUUGGAACAUCAGACUUUGAGGAAAUGAAAAAUUUUGUAAAAGCAUUUAUUGCAAGAUCUAACAUCAUUUCAGGCAAUACCUUGACUCAUGUGUCAGUUCUCCAAUAUGGAAGGUCACACACCUUAGAAAUUUCAUGGAACAUGCCACAAGACAGUGAAAAUCUUCUAAAUAGGGUGAACUUAAUUCAGCAAAGAGGACAAGGUCCCAGCAAACUAGGGGAAGCAGUAGAUUUUGCAGUUCGGCAGGCUAUGUCUGAAGCCCAUGGAGGAAGACCUAAUGCAUCAAAGAUAGCAGUGAUCAUUGUAGCAGAGAAAUCAGACGAUCCAGUGGAUACGGCUGCAUAUUCUGCAAGCAUGCACAAGGUAUCAUUGCUCCCAAUUGGAGUUGGUGAUAGAUAUGAUGAAGAGCAACUGAAGAGUUUAACUGGGCGAUCUGCUACUGACAGGAUCAUUAAGCUAAGAACAUUUGAAGACCUUCCCAUCAUGGUCACAUUGGAUGAUGCAUUUAUCAACAAAUUGUGCAUGGAGCCCAUCAAAGAAUGUAUAGAUGAGGAUGGAAAUAAAAAGCAACCUGGUGACCAAUGGACAUUACUGGACCAGUGUCACAUUAUGACAUGCUUGCCAGGUGGCUACACAGUUCUGGACAGUCAUCAAAUUAAUUGUGAGAAGAUGUCAAAACCUACGUGUCACAAUAAUCUUCCUGCUGUUAAAACUGAGGAAACCUGUGGCUGCCGCUGGACAUGUCCAUGCAUGUGCAUGGGCAGUUCAACUCAACAUAUUGUCACCUUUGACGGGCUGCAUUUUAAAUUGACUGGGAAUUGCUCCUAUACAUUGUUUCAAGACAAAGAACAUGACAUUGAAGUGAUUCUCCACAACGGGGCAUGCAGUUCAAUACCAAAACUAAACUGUAUGAACUCCAUAGAAGUGAAGCACCAUGGCACAUCAAUACAGCUCACGAGUGACAUGACAGUUGCUGUUAAUGGAAAAAUGACUACUGUUCCCUAUAGUGAUGAUUACUUUGAAGUAUCCAUCUAUGGAUCAAUAAUGCAUGAGAUCAGGUUCUCCCAGCUUGAAUAUACCUUCACGUUCACACCAAGAAACAAUGAAUUUACUCUUCAGCUUAAUCCAAGGAGUUUUUCUUCAAAAACAUAUGGCCUUUGUGGGGUUUGUGACCAAAACAAUGACAACGACUUCAUGUUAAGUGAUGGCUCUGUCACAUCUGACAGUAGCACAUUUAUUCAAGAAUGGACUGUAAAAGAACCAGGCAAGAUUUGUGAAAUCAAGAAAGACAGAUGUACAGAACGUACCACGGCCAAGUGCAAUGUUUUGCUCUCACAGGAGUUUGAACAGUGCCACAAAAUAAUUUCUCCAAACGUGUUGUAUUCUGCAUGUGAAGAAAACAGCUGCUCCGAAGAUGAAAUCUGUGAAUUCAUAGCUUCAUAUGCUCAUGUUUGCAGAACAAAUGGGAUCUGCGUCGUUUGGAGAUCACCAGAGUUUUGUGCUCUGGAAUGCCCCAGCUCUUACACAUACGAGCACUGUCAAACAAACUGCACAAAGCACUGUGAGAAUGGCACCAGCAUCAGUGACUGCAAAGAUUUUCCCAUAGAAGGCUGCUUCUGUCCACCUGGAAAGGUGACUUUAAAUAGUGAGUGUGUUGAUGAGGAAGUCUGCACACAGUGCAUCGCUGAAGAUGGAACACGCUAUCAGCACAUGGACAGAUGGAUUCCUUCCAACGAGCCCUGCAAGAUCUGCAUGUGUCUUGAGAAUAGGAUAAUAAAUUGCACUUCCCGACCUUGCCCUACUGCCAAACCUGCAGUUUGUGGUCCCUGUGAAGUUUCCAGACUACAUCGAGAUCCUGAUCAGUGUUGUCCCGAGUAUGAAUGCGUAUGUGAUUUAGUUACCUGUGAUAUGCCUCCUGUACCUAUUUGUGAAGACGGUCUUCAGCCUGUACUGACAAACCUUGGAGAAUGCAGACCAACUUAUACUUGUGCUUGCAAGCAAGAGGGAUGCAAGCUUGAUCACAUUCCUUCCUGCCCUCCGCAUCGAGAACUGACUGUUAAGAAGACCAAGUGCUGUGAUGAAUACGAGUGCACAUGCAGCUGUACCAAUUCUACAGUGAGCUGUCCAGCUGGAUAUUUAUCUACAUCUGUCACCAAUGACUGUGGCUGCACAACUACAACCUGCAUUCCAGACAAGGUUUGUGUCCAUCGCAAUGUCGUUUACCCCAUUGGGAAAUCCUGGGAAGAAGGCUGCUCAGAAUGCACCUGCACGAACAUGGAAGAUGCUGUCACAGGACUUCGCAUUACAGAAUGUCUAGACAAAGCGUGCCACACGGUCUGCCCUCAGGGUUAUGCAUAUGUCAGCCAGGAAGGGGCGUGUUGUGGAAAAUGUCAGAAGACUAUGUGUGAAGAGCAGAGUUCAUGGUUUCGAGGGGAUGUAGAUGUUCAGUUGCACGAGGUUGGCACAGAGUGGCGAUCCCCCUCCAACCCUUGCAUUAUCCACAAGUGCAUCCGAGUGAACAGUGACGUUUUUGUUCAGAAAAGGAAUGUGUCGUGUUCUCACAUGGAUGCUCCCACCUGUCCAUUGGGAUAUGAGUUGCGCUGUGACCAAAUAACAAAUUGCUGUCCCUCCUGCCGGUGCGAACCUGUGAAAGGUUGUGUUGUGAAUGGCACCAUUAUUGGGGGAGGGAAACGCCUGAUGUUGGAUCAAUGUACAAAUUGUCAAUGCAGCAUCCAGAGGGGACUGUCUCUGAACUAUGAAUUGAUCUGUCGGAAAACCAUCUGUGAGCCCUGUCCCAAGGGCUACCGGAGGGAAGAAAGCAGUGGUUCCUGUUGUGGGAGAUGUGUGGCAACGUCAUGUGGUAUCAGGCUGAGAGAUGGAAGAAUCCUGUAUCUGAAGCCGAAUGAGACAAUUCAAGAUGGCUGUGACAGUCAUUCUUGUAAAGUAAAUGAGAAAAGGGAAUUUAUCUGGGAAAAGCGAAUCACUGGCUGCCCUCCAUUCGAUUCCAGGAGAUGUUUGGCUGAAGGCGGUAAAAUUGAAAAAAUUGAGAAUACCUGUUGUGACACAUGUAUAGAAGUAGAAUGCAGACAAGUAAGUUUCAGGCUGACGACUGAGUUUCUGGAUAUCGAUGGCUGUAUGGCUGAACAUGAAAUAUCUAUUGUCCAGUGUGAGGGCAAAUGCAGAAGCAAAGCCACGUACUCUUUUCAAGUGAAUAGACUGGAAGAUGAGUGCACCUGUUGUUCGGCGAUUCAGACAGUUCCGGUGGAGGUUCGGCUGCGCUGUGCCAAUGGCACGAUGGUGCAGCGUGAAGUACCAUCUGCAGUGCAGUGCGAAUGUGCCUCUCGUACAUGUACAUAGGAAGCCUUUCCAGAAGCUGCUUUCAUUUAAACUUCAUUUUUAAUGGCCAAGGAAUUUACCAUGCAAAUCUCACUUACCGGUAGUUUCUUUAGACUGUUUCCUUCCAAAAGAUUCUGACCAUUACACUCAUUAUAUCAACAUACCACACCAUAGAAGUAAUGUUUAUUUACCAGACUAUUUCUAACUCUUUUACUUUGGCUAUUAGUAUGACCUGUAUGUCUCACAUGUCCCUCGUUUCAAAGGAAAUCACACAUUUCAUACCAAAGCUACCUCUGUUCCACAUCAAUUUCCCCUCACUUUUAUCACUGAAAUUAUUUACUUCAAAAUAAAAAAAAUGAACAUGACAAUAAGAACCAGAGGUUACAGGAGUUAUUUACAUACAAGUAAUUAAUCCCAUGGUAUUCCAAGUUUCCUGACCAAAUAAUUUAUUUGUAUCCCUCAUAUUGGGUCUUUGCCACACACUUUGCCCCACUUUUAGACGUCAGCAGCUUGAGAGGUCUGAUGGAUACCUCAGAGAGAAAGAUGAUAAUGUUCUCUGCAAACUGAAACAUAGCUGACUAUGACUCAGCCAAGUAUCACUUUGCAGUGUGUCUACAAAUGAAUGCUAAAGAGACUCCUUCACUCUGGUGGAAGGUGCUGACUGACAUCCUUGAAGUUCUCUAUUCAUUCAUAGGUUGUGCAAGCAUCCCUUAUUCCAGAGAGAGACUGAUUCUAGCUAUGGGAUCCUCUCAGGCUGCUCCAGUUCCAAAUCAAUUUUCAUUUAUCUUCUACAUCUGUCUUCGGCCACCUACCCCUAAUCCAUCACUUUUGUCUCCUGUACAAAAGAUAACUACAAAGCAUUACUCCAUAGCAGUCCUUGUUUCCCUAAUCCAAACUGUCUCCCCGCCCCUGUCUUGGGAACCAUCCUUAAACCAUCAUAUAUAUUUUUUUCUACUUGGCUCAACAUAUAUUCCCUGAAUGGCGAAGUUCUCCUAGUCCUGUCAUCUGUUCAUUAAUAUAGAUUGGUUAGCAUGUAUUAUCCACACCACAUAUGCCUACAUUACGUACCAGUAACAUUAAGCACAAAUAUCGUAACAGUGAUAUAACAAACUUGUUAUCCUGUUCACUUAUACUGAGUAUCCUUGCAUUUGCUGAAAUAAGAAAUGUAAGUGGUUAGGAAACUUGUCAAAAGAAAGAUACCAUUCAGUCUAUGUCUUAGUACAAGGAAGCAAAGUACCGUACCGACCAGUACCUGGACUGUUAGUAUUCGGAACAAAGAUAAGGAACAAAACAACAAGUUAGGGAAGUGAGACAAACUGAUGGGCUGGAGAGGUGUAACUUGUAAAAAUGAUAUAAAUAAUACCAGCUGCCAUAUGUAAAUUGGGGAGCACACCUUCUGUGUAAGAUGAAUAAAACAUCACUGCACAGCAUUCUUCUUAGGAGAUGGGUAACAUAUAGAACAUUUUGUCUGUAUCAUAUUAAUAAACUUGAAAUUGGUUA